UGUUAGUUUUAAUUCAAAUAAUACUAACGUAUAUUCUACAUUAUAUGUUAAUAAUAAUUGUGCUUUAAUUAUCACUGAAUGUAUUUAAAUAUGAUAAGUAAUCAAUUUUAUUCGUCUAAUAAAUUGAAAAUAUUAUUAGUUAACCUUAUUUUUAUACAUAAAGUUCUCGCGAUAAAUGAAGAAACAGAUAUACAACCUCCAAAUUAUAACAGUAUUUUUGACCAUUUGUUUUUACAAGUAAUAAGUACAUUUGAAAAUGAUAUCACAAGAUGGGUCCUCGUAAAUGAUAAAAAUGAAAUUAACUAUUCACUAAUAUGUUCAAAUGAUCUUGAAUUAUUAUCGAUAGCUUGUGAUAGUGAUUAUAUUUGUAGACAAAAAAAAAUUAAUAGCUUAAACAACUUAAAAAGAAUACUUGAAUCUUUGGAAUGUUUUCAUGUUUUUUUAUGUCUCCAUAUUUUAAAUAUUUUUAAUAGCAAUAUUACGAAAAAAAAUGAAAAUCCAAAUCAUAAUUUCAUAUUAGGAUUUCAACAUGUAAGAGAUUAUGCGGUAAGAAUGAUUUCAUUUUUUAUUUAUGGCAAGUUUGUAGUUAACUCUUGGCAGUUAGACUUCUCAAUGAAUGUUAUUGAUAUGGUAAGACUACAAAAUGAUAACAAUGAAUCGUUUAAAGACAUAUUAGUACUUAUUAAUGAUCCAUCGUUAUUAACAUCUAUGAAUGAGUUUUGCGAAAAUUGUAAAAGAUCUAAUCAAUUUUUUGCAACAUUUACUUCAGUUUUAACUAAAACAUAUCAAGACAAACUUGAUCCAUUCAGAGUUUCUGUAAAUGUUAAAUAUUAUAUAAAGAAAAUUUUGUCAAGAUUAAAAAUUAAUUGUAUAAUUAAAAUGGACAGAACAUCUCAUAUGUUAAUAAAAAAAGCAAACCAACAAGAAAUAGAAAUUGACCCAGAUUUUGAAAAAAAAAAACAAGAAUUUCUUAAGAGUCUUAAAUUAAAUAAACUCGAAAUUAAAAUUUACGAGAGAAAUACUGCUAAUCCCAAAAAUGGGUAUUCAACUAUAAAAGAUCUAGGAAAACGGUUACAGGCUAGUAAUUUCUAUCGUGCAUGUAAAAGACAACCUACAACGUGUGGCAAGAGUCUUUUGAAAAAAGUAAUGUACAUCUAUAAAAAAAAGGAGCUCAUUUUAACUGAUGAAUCAAAAAAUAACUUAAGUAAUGUAAACUAUGGUAAAAUUAACGAAGAAGUGGCUAUAAAAGAAUUUAAAAAAAAAACUAAUAUAGAGAUUGAACCAUGUGGUGUAUUUAUUGACGAAAAUUUGAACUACUUAAUUGCAAGUCCAGAUGGUUUGAUUGGAAGUGAUGGAAUCGUUGAAGUAAAAUGUCCUUUUAACGCUAAAGAUAUGACUCCUAAAAUUGCUAUUACAGAAAAAAUUAUAAAAUACGUCCAUUUCGAUAAAAAUGGAAAUCUAUUACUUAAACGCACUUCUCAAGAAUUUUAUCAAAUACAAGGAGAAUUGCAUAUAACACAGAGAGAGUAUUGUUAUUUAAUAAUAUGGACUGGGAAAGGAAUGGUUUAUGAAAAAAUUAUGCGCGAUGAUGUAUUUUGGAAAAAUAAUAUGGAAAAUCAACUAAUUAAUUUCUAUGAAAACUGUAUGUUACCUGAACUAAUCAAUUCUCAAUUAUUUGAAAAUAAUGUAAUUCAAACUAGCUAAUAUUAUUUUUCCUAAAAAUAUUUAUUAAUAAGUUAACCUUAUUUUCUUGAAAUUUUUAUUUUUUUUUCUCUGAAUUUAAAGAAUUAGUUUUAUUUGAAAUAAAAGUACAUCUACAAACUAAAAAUAAUUUUUUGAAAUUGUUGUACUUAUUUACACUGUGAUUCUGUUAUCGUGAUACAAUUAAUUAAUCAAA